ACGUAUCUUGCAUAAGGCGAUACAUCGGCAUUGACCCCUGACCACAGUGGAACACACGGAGGCGUGGACGGACAAACCCAGCUAUAAAAAGAGGCGGCAAGUAAGCGAGGUCAUCGUUUUUACUGGCACAGACCCACAAGUCCGCAAGGCUGGCUGGCGCUGUGGUGAACAUCGCAAUGAAGUUGUUGCUGUUGGCUUUAAGCGUCGCGCUGUUAUUGGCUGCAGGUGAAGCUCUCAACUGCCAUCGCUGCGUUUCCAGAGUGGCCGGCGAGGAGUGCGAGCUCACUGUGGAGACGUGCAGACCCGAGAAAGACGGCUGCGCCGUCGCCAAGUUCCUCCGAGCGCCAUAUGGCUUCUACCAGAAGUGCAUGGCCAUGGAAGACUGCAUGAUGCUGAUGAAGAACAGCUUCAUCCGCAUCAAAUGUUGCCACAGUGACAUGUGCAAUAUUGCUUUUUAAUAAAAAAAACAAACAAACAAA